AAAUCAAAACCAAAGCGUACAAAGAACAGAAAAUCUGCAUAACGACACUGCAACCAACGAUCCGUCGAACAUGUAAAAGCAAACACCCAGAGAAGAUUCACAUCUUCAAAGAGAGAGAGAGAGAGAGAGAGAGAGAGAGAGAAGAUUCAUCAAAACUGACCAUUAUUGUAGCAGAAAGAGAUAAGAGGAAGAGAGAGGGAGAGAGAUGGGUGGGUUAACAAAUAAACAGCUAGAAAUGGGAAGAGUGAAGAGAACUCGCAUUUGGGGAGGAGCAUUUCUUUGCUGGAUUUUCAUUAUGUUCACAACACCCAAGAUCCCUCUCUCCAAUCAUCACCAUCGUUUCGCUGACAUGCGCAAUUUCCUUGGGGUUCCCAACACUUUGAAUGUAAUUACCACUUUCCCCUUUCUGGUUGUGGGUGUUGUGGGAUUUAUCCUCUCUCUUCAAGGUUGCUUUUUUAGUAUAAGCCUGAGAGGAGAGGUUUGGGGUUGGAUGCUUUUCUAUGGAGGAACUGUUGGUGUCGCUUUUGGGUCUGCUUAUUAUCAUCUCAAACCUGAUGAUAGUAGAGCCAUGUGGGACAUCGUGCCGAUGAUGGUAGCAUAUUCUUCACUUUUCUCUAGUUUUAUUGUGGAAAGAGUGGGACGACGGGUUGGAUUAAGUUGUUUGUUUGGGAUGCUAGUUGUUGUUUCACUUAGCACAGCUUAUGCAAGAAUAUUUAAUGAUCUUCGGUUGUGCAUGAUGUUCCAGUUGAUUCCAUGCAUAGCCAUACCAGUCAUGACCUUUUAUUACCCGCCCAGAUAUACGCACUCAAUAUAUUGGCUAUGGGCAGCAGCCUUCAAGCUAUGCGGUGCAGGUGUAUAUCUUAUAGCCAAGUUUGAAGCUGCUCUCGACCGGAAAAUAUACCAUGCUAAUCGUUACUUUAUUAGCGGACAUUCCUUGGAACACUUGUGCUCGGCGGUGAUUCCUGUUUUGUUUGCUAUUAUGCUAAUGUAUAGAAACAUUAGAAUUCAAAGCUAUUUAAUCCUUUUUGGGAAGCUGUCCGGAAGCAUUCGAAAAAUGUAAAAAUUCAGACUUUGCUGUUCACUGUGAUCAAUAACAGAUUAAGUGACAUGAAAGAGCGCCCUUGAAGACAGUACCGAAACAAAGAAGACAUUUCUAAGUUCUGCAGCCAGCAGGCUCGCAAGGGAAAUCACCAUAGGAGGAGACAGUAGAUGCAGAGAACUGUACUUAACAAGGUUUCUGAAGAAUUUGAUGAAUCAUAUUCUACCUUUUUUAUUAUUAUAUUCAUUCUUUUCAAAUGUGGCGUUAAACUAGAAAUGAUAUUUUACAGUAAAUUUUCAAUUGGAUAGUGUUUGCUUUGACCAGUGAGCAGCAUCCCAUAAAAAUUGCUUUGAGGAUCAUAUGUGAUAGUGGCAUGAAGUUAUGGAUUUUCCCAGGAAAAUUUUGUUCUUGCA